AUGGACGAGUUCUCAGAAGACGAUGUAUUGCCAUUCUUGCUGCAGGCACAGGAUAUCAUUGCCAAGCUAGAAACACGGGUGUUGGACCUGGAAACGGAUCUAUCGACGAUUCAUCGAAAAUACGAACAUGAUCGUCACGACUGGCUUGUUGGCUUAUCACAGAAAGACCAGUACAUCCACCACCUCUCAAAGAAACUCCAGAAACUUGAGUUUAACAGCAAGGAGGCGAUCGUCCUGAUUUCCGAUUAUGCAGCAACCGAACCUGGCCAUGAUAACAACCUGAUACUGGCCCUGAACUUUUUGCGCCAGGCACAGCAGACGACUGCAACGCCGCCGCCAGUUGGUGACGGCAACGACGACGACGACGACGACGACUUUCCGGAUGCCGAUGAUCUGGAAGAAGGCGAGCUGGAGCGACGAGCUGCUGCUGCAAACGAGUGGCGUAAACAAGACGAGUAUGCACCUGGUGGUGCUGGUGCUGCAGCAGCAUCCUUCCGUGUAUCACCAUGGACCCAUCAUUCCGAGCAGCCUGUCAAUCUGAUGGAAGGCCUCGAAUCGUCUGUGGAUGGAUCUGAGAUUUCUCUGGUGAGACAACCCACGAGCACUACCACUUCGGUUCCUUUGCCAACCACUGACCAUGGCGGGUUCUGCAGCAACUGCCGCCAACUGCUGGCCCAGCUCGACCAACAGAUUGAACAAAAGGCAUACAUGAAACGCGAUCUGAGUUCGCUUGCAUCGGCAUUAUCCGAAGAGGAGCAGCUCCGCUUCAGCAUUGAGCAGGUCAAGGACUCGCUUGAAGAGGACAUCCAGGACGUCACUGCGUCCUUGUUCAGGACGCUCAACACCAUCUUGAUGGAUGAGGUCAAUGACCGCGACGGACUUGUCCGCCUGGAUCGAGACACGGGCGGCAAGCUUGCGACUGUGCUGCAGGCAUGGGACAUCCGGGAAGAGCGACUGAGGGAUAUCAAGGAGCAGCUGGUCGAGUUGGAUGCAGCAGUCAACCAGAGCACCACGGCCACGGAGCGUCUCAGUCGGUACCGCCAGGACGAUUUUGAUGCAGCUGCCGUACUUCCUCGAUCGCGCAUGAUGCGCCACUCGUCCCUUCGGCUGUCGUCCCCUACCUCACCCUUGGUGCCGCUCAGCGAGGACGAGAGCAUCAACAACAACAGCCUGUUGUUGCCAAACAAGACCGUGCGGAUUGAUGGCGUGGUCUUUGACGAGUUUCAAGAGCAUAUCAAGACACUUACGACGACUGCAGCAACACAUCAACACGUCAUGCCUGCAACAGCCUUUAUGAAGCGCGUGAUCGCUGAGGACGUCGACCCGUGCUUGUUUCAAACAGCAGGGUCCUCAUGGUGGAAAUCCCCCUGGUUCAAACGCAAACUCACCGACGCCAUCGUUGCCAACCGAUGCGAUAUUCAGACAUGGAACUCACACGCCUUGUCCUCGUCUUCAGCCUUUUCCUCGACCUCCGCAUCGUCCUCGCCGGCUACAAGUCAUAUCAGCACUACUUCGUCUGCUUCAGCACUCCAGCACCAACAACAACAACAACAACCAUCUGCACCCAAAACGAAAUGCACGUGUUGCGGCAUGCUCCGCAUCUGCGAGUUCCGCAUGCGACUUCAUGGACCACAACAGCAACAGCAGCAGCUACAACAACAGAAGAAACCAGCACCAUGGCUACCGAUUGAUCGAUUCUGUCGCGACAGGAUAGUGGCCGUGUGCGACUUUUACAGCUUCAUGUCGCAUUUACGGCAGGGACUCAUGCAGAACUCCCCGGUGCUUCAAAUGUUCAAGCAAUGCCAGCAUUUCCGACGUCGCAUGGGUCUUGCCAAAGUGGGUAGCAUGGCCUUGUUUGAUGACGAGCCACUAAGGUCAUCGGGCCAUCAGUCCUCUUCCUCCUCCUCCAACAAACGACGGUCCCGAUCAUCAAAGCGUGAGAGCCUUGUGCUGGAACAUUCUGGAAGUAACAGCGAUUCUGGCAGUGUUGUGAGCGUCACAGAUGUCCAAGGCCUUUAUGGCACAGGGCAGAUUGUGAUUGUCCAUUAA